GGCCCCGGGCUAAUGAUAUCAUCAACACAUUAAUGCGCAUACGUAAUACCCAGGUGCUGUUUUGCAACAGGUUUGGCACGGUAUUUUCUUCCAUAGGAAUGGGCGCUUUUAUCAAACCAGGAAGCUUCGAAGGACUACGAUCUACAACACCGUGUUUACAAGACUAGUAUACCUGGACAACCUCCAGUAAACAUAACACCACUGCCUGGCUCCAGUUCGCUAAGUACGGCCAUACAGAGAGACGACCACACAUAUCAGCUAGCAUUGAAAACCAAUAAACCAUGGCGUCGGCAGGCGAAGAAAUGAUUCCAACAGACGGGAGAGAAUGUCCCCUGGAAGUUGACCAGCUCACCAUCUCAGAGAAACACCUCUCCCAGGAAGAGCUGGAUGAACUGGAGAUGAUACGGGACGAGGACGGAGACAACACGGACUUCGAGAAAAUAGCACACAGAAUGACACUGAAGCUUCAGGACUCCGAGCACGCCACUGUUAACAUAGGCAUCGUUGGUGAAGCAGGGGCCGGAAAAAGUACGUUCAUAAACUCUUUCCGCGGGAUAAAACCCGGUGAGGAAGGCGCUGCUGAAGUCUCGGCCUUCCGCCAUACUACUAACGAAGUCACGCGGUAUCCCGUACCAGAUAACCAAAACAUCGUUCUCAUGGACUUCCCUGGAGUUAUCUUUCGGAACACCGGUACAAGACUAGAUAUGGAAGAAGAGUUUAACACGAAGAGCUACUUGGAUCUGUACGGCUCAGAAAUGGAAGAGUGCGACGUAUUCCUUGUCUUCGUCACCUGUCGCGUGAGCAACAACAUCAUCUGGAUUGCCAAGGAAGUCGGAAAGAUGAACAAAAAGGUUCUCUUCGUUCGGUCCAAAAUCGACGUCGACUUAGCGAAUGAGAGUAGGGACAACCCCAGGCGUUUUCCCGAAGGUACGUCCUCGACUACUAUUGAAGUGCGACGUUUUGUGGAGGAACUACGAAAGGUUACCACAAAAGAGUUAGAGAGGCUUAGCUACGCUGAAGUGAAGGAGACCAUGGUGUUCGUCAUCUGUGGUUUGCCAGAUGAUGUGGCUUCUGGUACUUACGACAUGACCAAUCUCCGCAAGGCUAUCUACAACACACUGUCGCCUGACAAGAAGGGAGUGCUCAUCAACGGGCUGGUGGAGUUUGCCACAGACAUGGUCCAUGAAAAAGCAGAGUAUCUGAGGUCACGGGAAGUUAUUGUAGCAGCAGUAGCUAAUACAGUCAUCAGUGCAACACCCAUACCAGGCCUAGGGUUAGCUCUAGAUAUCGCAAUACUUGUAGCAGGAUAUCAUCGUUCCAAGAGAGCCUUGUGUCUUAACGACAAGUCGCUCAGGCAGCUUGCUGCCGUGGGAAACAAAGACUACGAGAGUCUCAAGAAGUUUGUCGACAGAAGGUUGGUGUUGAGCGAGAAGAUCCAGAACGCAUCCGGCCCCGUGGCGAUCCGAGCCGUCGUCGGUGUGGCAGCAGCAGGGGUUACUGUGGGCGCCCUGGCGUUUACAAGUAUGGCCUUGAGAAUCGCUCUUCCGCUUGUGGGUGGGAUCAUUGCAGCACCGGCCUCAGCUGCAUUGGUGGUGUACAUCAUGAGGAAGAUGAUCAACGAAAUGGAGACCUGUGCUAUCGAGCUUCAUGAGUAUGCCUUUGGGGAGGAACCGAGCCCAGCUUAUAUCGGAAUACUAGGCAAAGAAUGCUCCGGCAGAAGAGAAUUCCUGAACGCCGUUCAAGGCAUUCGGAGCACCGAUCGCAGAUCCUCCAUCCCGGAGAAAAGCCCGAAAAAGCCUGUAGAGCACGAAUCUUCCGAAAACCUGGUGUUCGUGGAGUUCCCCAGCCCAGACGUGAAGAAGUCGUUUUUCAGAGAUACAGUAGACGAAGAUGCGUACAGGAAGAGCUUCGGGGACGACUUGAAACUGUGCGACGUCUGCCUCGUGUUUGUUGACAAGGACGUCACCGCUGAAACGGUCGCUGUUGCGAAGAUUGCAAAAGAGAGGACCAAAGUGCUGUUCGUAAGGCUCAAUGAGUUUCACCCUUCGGCAAACCAGAGCGGAACAAGCGUAAUCAGCGCUGUCCAGAAGAAACUUGAAAAAGUCAAGUUCGGAGACAUGGACAUGUCAGACGUCUUCAUCAUCAGUACCGAGUACGAUGCUGUGACUCAGGACAUCGGAGAAACUCUUGCUCUGAGACGUGCCAUCUUCAAGGAGCUCCAAGAUGCUGAUAAAACAGACAGAAACGUGAUGUAUAUGAGUCUGGACACGUUGAUGUUGAACGACGAUGAUGCAGGCAUCAUGACGAAGAGUCUGGCGGAUGGUUUGAGAGGAAUAGAGAUGUUAGGACAGGACCAAGCAGAUGAUGUGACAGACCUGAUAAAGAGCAAAGAAGAUUGCCUACCGAAGUGGGAACAGGCAACAAUUCGGAUAGGGAUCAUCAGUGACAAUGGUGCUGGAACAAACACCUUCAUCAGUUCCUUGCUGGGUUACCGUGAGAAGGUGGCAUCUCGUACAGCAGCUGGACACGGCUCCACUCAAUCAGAAUACACGUCAGCGGACCCGGAACGGCCACAGAACCUCACUGUCGUCAGAUUCCCUGCAGUAUCGUUUGCAAUAGGGCGGCCAGAAGACAUCAAGUCCAGGUACAUGAAAUGUCAAGUUGACAACAUGAAGAGUUGUGACGUCUUCAUCGUGCUCUGCGGAGAUGUUGUAACAACGGAGACCGUCUGGCUAGCAGUCCAAGCACUAGCACUGGAUAAGAAGGUGCUGUUUGUCAAGUCAAAGUUUGACCUGACAGCUGAAAAUACCUCUGAAGAUGCGACCAGAUCGCUACCAAAGCCAUCCAUAGAACAAGGAGUCCAAAAGAGCCUGGCUACUGCUAUCCAGGAAAAGUUAAGUGCAGAAGGAUGUACUAUGACAGUUAAGAUGGAUGACAUCUUCCUCAUCAGCGGCACUUGGAAAAAUGUCAAGCAGGGAGAGUUUGACAUGGUCCGGCUCAGGCAGGCCAUGAUGGAACCAUUGGAUGAACUGCAGAAGCAGGCAUUUGCAAUGCUGUGCAAAGACUACUCCCUGCGUAUGAUCCCCACCAAGUCAGCACUCCUGAAACAGAUGGUGUGGACGCAGGCUGUCCAGUCAGGGGCACUCCGGCCAUGGUCUAGGCUCUUAGUGGACACACCUAUAGACCUCGAUGCAGUCAGAGAGUCCUGUGAAGUGUACAAGAGGUGUUUUGGUCUGGAUGAGGCUUCCCUGGAAGACUUGGCUGAGUUAGCUGGCAUAAAUAAGGAAUGUAUCCGAGAGUCAGUACGAAGGAAACUGCCCAUAUGUACAGUUCUCUUUGACACUACUGAUCUACCACCGCAAUCCUCUGUCCGUGACCUUGUUAGCAUGAUGGCCAAAAAUGGCAGCACUCUCAUGACCCUUGAACUUGCAAAUUACUCCUUUGAAACAACAGUAAACUGCGGCUCUUUGAAAGGAAAGGUCAUGCAUGUUGUUGCUUAUUUCUUGCGGAAGAUAAUCACUGAACAGGCAGACUGUGCAUGUGCAUUCUAUGAGGAACUUUUUGCUAACAGAUAGGAUAGACUUAGUGAUUUGUGAACACAGGUACAAUGUUAUGUGCUUCUCCAAUUUAAGACAUUCAGUUCAAUAUCAUAUAAAAAUGAAGGCUGUGUUGUGAUUAGAUAUUGUAUUUUGACCUAACAUAUUCUUACUCAUUUAUCAUAUGAGCACUGUAAUUCCUGUUAAGUUCCAAACUGUAGUUUUGUGUCUGCUUGAUAUAUUUU